ACAAUAUAUUCUUAAAAAUAAAUCAAUGGUAAAUACAUAUCCAUUAAUCCAUUAUUAUGAUUUAUAAAAAGGCUUGAUAUUUGCAUGUGAACCAAUGGAUGCAACACACGUGGCGAAAAACUGUAAUUUAAAACCAUAUUCCGUUAUCCAUACGACCGGUUGUUUGGAUAAUAAAAAAGAAAACUGAAACACAAAUCAAAAGCUUCAAACACCUUUAAAAAUGGCGGGUGCAUCAGUGCUUCUCUCUAAUGUAAUCCCCAAAACUUCCCGCGAAAGAUCUGAACUUCCUAAGACCAUCAAUGGAAAUUCACACUCGAUUUUGCUGAAAUUCGGUCCGAAUUAUGGCUUGAAGAGUUCGACGAAAUUGCGGGCCGGGCUGUCGCAGGUGGAGCCGGAUCUCAACGAAGAUCCCAAGGACAGAUGGGCGACCCCCGGGAUUCUAGAGGAGGAUUAUGUAUACGGGAAGUAUGAUGGACAUCACACAUACUUUGAGAGUGAUGAUAGAGGAUCAUUUUGGGGAUCAAUUGCUGAAGAUUAUGCAGCCAUUGGUCCUCCUACAGGAUUCCAAGGUCUUAUUUCGUGGCUGUUUCUUCCUGCCAUUGCUGCUGGGAUGUACUUUGAUGUUCCGGGGGAAUACCUGUACAUCGGUGCAGCUGUAUUUACAGUGGUAUUUUGCAUCAUCGAGAUGGACAAGCCUAGCGAGCCACACAACUUUGAACCUCAAAUAUACAACAUGGAGAGAGGAGCUCGCGACAAGCUGAUAUCUGAUUACAACACCAUGGACAUCUGGGAUUUCAACGAGAAAUACGGGGAGCUAUGGGAUUUCACAGUGAAGAAGGACAACAUCACAAAGAGAUGAGGUUGAGGGAACUUCUAUAUCCAAAAGGUACAUAAAAUCUCUAUUGUUUUCCUCCUUUUUUGGUCGAUUCAAGAAUUUGAGACAUUGUGACUCAGUGAACAAUCCUGUGUAUAUGUUUAUACUCUUAUAUGUUGCAACACAAUAGAAGAUGAGUCUCACAUGAAGGUUACAAUA